GGCUCUUCUUUGAUUUCCUCUUUUUUGCCGAACUCUCUCUUCCUCUCGGCCACAGUGUGAGGGUUUUGUGACGAUACAUUCGAUUGCACGAGCGCGUCCACACACUUUCACUCACCGACCAAGUAUAGCAAAGUCUCCGCUUGAGAUACAGCCUUUUUUUUCAUUGUUUGUUUGACGUAUCAUGUUGUUCAAAUCAUGAGUAAAUCCUCAUUAGGCACAAACCGUACCGGUGACGACGACGCGCCUGCCGAGGCACACACAUGGGAGGAGCUUGCCGAAUAUGAGCGGGGAGAGGUUAUACUCCGCUUACUCCGGCGCAUCACCGGGACGUGCCUGCGCAACGAUCGCUUGCGCGUUCUUGAGCGAGAGGAGUGGGUGUGCAGCGGCACCAGCUCCGACGAUGCGUUGACGUGUACGCAGCAUCUGCUGCUCUUUGGGCACGUGCGCCACCGACAUCGUGAGGCGCUCCUCGCUCUCAUUCGUCAGAUGCGCCUGCACGCGGUGCGGGACUUGGACACGUCGGUGACGAUUGGCCUUCAACCCGGCGAUGCCGUUCCUUACGUUUUGCUGGAGCCGCUCUCACCGUCGCCGCAGACGGACGGUUACAUCCGCUGGAACCGCGUGUACUGCGCCAUGCGGUGCGGCAUUCUGCAGAAGCUCCGCGCGAGAGAAGAGAAGAUUCGACACCGCCUGCGGGAGCUCGUUCAAGAGACGGAUGCUACGUCAUCGAAGCUGCCCUUCGCCGCUGCCGCUGCGCACUCUUCUUUGUCUGCAGGUGAAGGCGGCAGCGUCUCAACGCCAGCUGAAACGCUCCGCUUCUACACCGAGGAGUUUGGUCAGCUGUUCACAAUGGAUGAUCCACCGGGAGCAGAUGGAGCGAGUGGAAAUGGGGCCCGCUCACCUGUUGAUGCUAACCACAAGCGGGCCAAACAAUUUCUCCCGGUAAGUGAGUUCAUGGCUGCCACGAAAGCGUCGCAGGUUUCCUUGGUCCAGCUCGCCGCCAGUGUUCCUACUGUCCUCGUCGCGUGGUCUGCCCGCUACCCGGAGUGUGUGGCGUGGCUGCGCCGGGAACUGUUCGACGACACGCACCUUAAGGAAAUACGCAGCGCCACCGGUCUUUCGGGUCGUUUCGCGGUGCUGAUGGACAAGGAUCCGUGGGUCAGUUUUGCCGAAUCACACGGGGGUAUUCUGCCUCGCCUUCCCACGCUGCGCGCAGGCUUUAGAAUUGAACUGCUGCAGCCGCUGCCAAAACGUGCGCAGAUCGUGCUGUUGAACAUGGACAAGGACACGGAGGUGGCGCGGACCACCCUCGAAAAGCUUCGAAGGCGACUCAGCGGCUGGGUGAGUCCUGAGGUCGAUUUGCUGUCCUUGUGGUCCGGUCCGAAAGGGCUGCAAUCGGAGCUGGCGACGCUCUUCAACGUGCAGACGCUGCCGUUUGUCGUGCUGACUCGCCCCGGGCAGCUUCCUCCGCACGCUACGAUAGGAAGUAAAAGCUCCACACCCCACACCACUGCCAACACCGAUCCCGCACGAACAUCGCCCGUGCCGGUCAUCGUGGACGUGUCCUGCGAUCCGGUGCAGGUGUCCAAGCGGCUUUACGGCGUUCCUGACACACCGCGCUCCAGCGGGGCGGCUGCAGACAACACCUGGCACCGCCUCGCUCCAGCGGAGCGUGCGCGCAUUGUACAGCGUUGCGGCGCCUACCUCGUCCAGCAGCGCCUCCCGCUGUACUUCACCGCCACCGUCACCCGCGACUACGUCCUUCGCGACUCGACGGCAACAGAUCCAUGGCAGGCGGUACGCGACACAGCCAGCUCGCACGUCUGCGUCCUUGGCGAAGUCAUCACCACACACGACAUCCAACCGAUCCUGGCCGAGCUGCGAGCGCUGGCGAAGCUAAGAGACUUUGAAUGGGGCGUGCGACUGAUCGAGCGUUCGGCCCCCUUGCUGUCCUCUGUGGAUAUGACAACGCCGCAGCGUCUGCUGAAGGGUGAGAUGCGGUGCGUCACGUGUUCGAACUGCCUCACACGGCUCUUCGUGGACACGGAGGCGCAUGUGCGGUGUCUGUGCUGCAGUUCCACCAACAGCAACGACGGCGCCUUCUGCGAGAAGUGUGCCUUCACUCUGCGCUGCCACACGCCGCACCACUUUCUUCUUCGCAUCCCAGCAGGUCAGUGGCGCCCGUCGCUGUCGCUGCUUUGGGGUCCGUCGAACGUGGUGCCACUUGAUCUUUUCAUGGACCAUUUUGUGUCAAAUAUUUCAGACUACCACUACGGCGUGUACUGCGAUCGUUGCCGCGGUAUGAUCCGCGGAACUCGUUGGAAGUGCGCCGUGUGUUACCAGUACGACUUGUGCGACGCCUGUGCACGAGCACGACGUGCAGCAGUUCCUGCGAUCGCAAACGGCGAUCGGGGCACAGAAGCGCCCCCAGCGCCGUCGCCAGUCACGGAAAGAAAAAUCGAUGGCGAUGCGGUGCCGGCUCAACACGACGACGCAACGCACCCAAUGAUUUACAUCCCCUUUGCACAGGGAUCGCAGCACGACAAGUUUUUAAAGCAGGCGUGUGUCGGUUCAUUACAGGAGUGGCUGGAUUCAGUCCACAGGUGA